AUAAUCUGGAUACUUAAUUAUUGUUAGAACAUGUACAUACAUAUAUAAAUAUGAAAUACCGAAAUGCAUUUUUAUUUCUCUUUAAGCUGGAACGAAAUAAUAAGCAAUAUAAAUUAAAAAAAAAAUAACGUUUUUAACAAUUUCUUAUUAAGAAUGGAUCGUGAUAAAUUUUUGGCAAGUCUUAAUGAGACUUCUAGGACCGGAAACUGGUACAAAAAACUUAAAGAUCUUACAAUAGAUCAAAAAUAUGAAGUAGAAGAAUUUUAUUUUAAAGAUGAUACUAACAAAGAAGUUAUAUGCAAAAUUAAAGACCCUGAAAACGAUGGAAAAUCAAUUUAUAUUCAAAUGCCUGAGAGAUGGUCGACAAAAGUAACAACAGAAGAACAUAUCAAGAUUCUGAAUGAAGAAAAGCGUUUUUUAAAGUAUUCCGGGCAAGAUAAGGAACGCGAAAAAUUAUCAAUUUUCGAAUUGACAAAAUAACAAAACUCUUCUGCUUCACAAGAUUUAUUAAAUAAAA